AUGGCCCCUUUCCGACUGAUAAAGCCGAGCCCUACGUCGUUUGCCGUCGAUCGGCACAGUAUCUUCUUCUGCAAAAAAACUCUACCGACGCAGUCAUUCUCUACUGUUGCUACGAUGUCUCACUCCACAACAAGGGGACUAUGUUCUACGAGAAAUUCACAAAGGUGCUUGUGGCCUACUCUUCAUUAUGAUGCCAUCAAGCUUGUAUAG